UUCAGGCCCUAGUAUCCCAUCCAAGACAAGGUAUUAAAUUAAUUUUGUAAAAUCAUUAAUCAUGUAUUGUGUCAUUGUUUGUUGCAAUAAUUAUAUUUUACAUAUCCAAAAAAGUAAGAAAAUUUUCAACAAUCUAAGCUAAUUGAGCUUCUAGCAUCACUUAUUUCUGCAUGUGCCGUGCUUCGUUGAAGACUUGAAGUUAUAGAUCGCCGACAGUAAACUGAAAAUCUGGGAAGACAAACAAGAAUGCUCACAACAAAAAUCUUAUUAUCGGCAAUACUUCUUUCAUUUCUAGUAUGCUUUUGCUGUUCCAGAGACACCAUUACCUUCAACCAACCUCUCAAAGAUGGGGAUUUGUUAAUCUCUAACUCGAAAUCUUUUGCGCUUGGUUUCUUCUCCCCGGAAAAUUCUCCGGGAAGUAACCGAUACGUCGGGAUUUGGUAUCAGCAAAUCCCGGGAAAGACAGUUGUUUGGGUUGCUAACAGAGACCUCCCCGUCACCGGCGAAUCCGGAAUCCUCUUCAUCGAUGACUCCGGGAAUCUUGUCAUCCAGGACAAGAGUACCAAUAUUUCUGUCUCGGAAACCAACCAGACUUCUCCGGCGACGGGAACAAAAGCAGCUUAUUCUGCUCGGCUACUGGACACCGGGAAUCUGGUUCUGUAUUAUGACCAGGAUAGAAGGGAGAGUAAAUGGCAGAGCUUCGAUUAUCCGACGAAUACGUUACUGCCUUCCAUGAAACUUGGGGAGGACAAGAAAACCGGCCUGAACCGGAUUCUUCAGUCGUGGAAGUCGUCGGAUGAUCCGUCUAUGGGUCAGUAUGUUUUGGAGCUGGCCAGCGGGGCCGGGGCGGCUCAGGUGUACCUGAAAAGGAGUUGGGGCCAGAUAUGGAGAUCCGGGCCGUGGAACGGAGUUGGGUUUAGCGGCGUGCCGGAAACGGCCCAAGACGGCGUCAAUUUCAGGUGCGCAGAAAAUGAAGACGAAGUCACUCUUACGUAUUCUCUCCGGGACCCGUCGGUGCCUUCCAUGCUCGUGUUGAAUGAAUCCGGGACGGUGAAUUUGGUCACAUGGGGAGGAGACAAUAAAGGAUGGGUCAGUUCAUGGUCGGCGCCGCAAGACCAGUGCGAUUCCUAUGGCCGCUGCGACGCUUUCAGUAACUGCAACCCCGACAGCUCGUCGGGGGUGUUUGAGUGCUCGUGCCUCGCCGGAUUUCAGCCGCUGUCGGAACAAGAAUGGAAAGGGUGCGGGAGGAAUAACGAGACGGAUGUUUGCCGGAACGGCGAGGGGUUCUUGAAGAUGACGGGGGUGAAGAUCCCGGACACUCAAACAGCGGUGGUGAACAGGACGAUUGGGCUAAAAGAAUGUCAGAAUCUUUGUCUAAACAACUGUUCCUGCAAUGGAUUCGCCGGCGCGAAUGUUAGUGAUGGAGGAAUGGGGUGUUUUGUUUGGUAUGGUGAGUUGAAAGAUAUGAGGGAUGUCAGUAAUGGCGGCCAAGAAAUGUUCCUUCGAGUCUCUGCAUCUGAUUUAGCUCGACUUAAGAAGAAAUCAAAAAGGCAUAUUUCCAAAAUUGUCGAAAUCAUUUUGGUUGUAGCUAUUGCAGCAGCAGUGGCUCUUCUGGUCUGUUGCUUGAUUAUCAAAUUGAGAAAACGUAAGAGAAAACAAAUGAAUACUAGGGACCUGAACACAUAUUCAGAAUCCUAUGAAGGGUCUUCAAUGGGGGUAUUUGUAGAUGAAACUGGAUCCACAGAUGUGUCAAUCUUUGAUCUAAGAACCAUUCAAUUUGCCACUGAUAACUUCUCUGCUGAUAACAAACUCGGCCAGGGCGGAUUCGGUUCUGUUUACAAGGGUAAGCUGCCCAAUGAACAACUAGUGGCUGUCAAAAGGCUGUCAAGAACAUCAGGGCAAGGGAUAGAGGAAUUCAAGAAUGAAGUUACACUAAUUGCAAGGCUCCAACACAGAAAUCUUGUGAGGCUUUUAGGAUGUUGUGUUGAACAAGGAGAGAAGAUGCUGGUGUAUGAAUACAUGCCCAACAAAGCUCUGGACAACUUCAUCUAUGAUCAUACAAAUGGGAAGUCUUUAGAUUGGACAAAGCGGUUUGAGAUCAUCUUGGGAAUUGCUCGAGGGUUAUUAUAUCUUCAUCGGGAUUCUAGACUAAGAAUCAUUCACAGGGAUCUGAAAGCCAGCAACGUUUUGUUAGAUGCCUCCAUGAAUCCGAAAAUAUCAGAUUUUGGAAUGGCUAAAAUUCUUGGAGGGGACCAGAACGAAGCAAACACGAAUAGAGUAGUUGGAACAUAUGGUUAUAUGUCACCAGAAUACGCAAUGGAAGGCCACUUCUCGGUGAAGUCUGAUGUCUUCAGUUUCGGUGUUUUAUUGUUGGAGAUCGUGAGCGGAAGGAAGAACAAAAACCCAUACAGACAAACCUCUCUGAAUUUAAUAGGAGAUGUGUGGGAUUUCUGGAGUGAAGGAAUGGCAUUGAACAUAGUUGAUCCAUCACUAGGGGAGUCAUAUGAUAGUCGAAAAGUUUCGAGGUGCAUCCAUGUCGGGCUGUUGUGUGUCCAAGCAUCGGCAAAUGUCAGACCAACCAUGUCAGAAGUGGUAUUCAUGCUAUGUAAUGAAACAAGACUCCCUCGUCCUACUCAACCCGGAUUUAUUCUAUUAAGACAAGAUCAAUCUGCUGGACCCUCCUCUUCAAUCACUGGCAAAAGCCAAUCUGUUAAUAGCAUGACAAUGACUGAAAUCGAUGUCCUCCCAGCAGUGAAAGCGGGCUGUUUUGGUGAUGCUAAAGUCACUUGGUCAUUACUCAACAUGGCAACAACCUCAGACAUAGCGGGUCUAUCUGCAGGGCGUUCUUGUACACAUAAGAGGCCUAUCGCAAUAUAUCUGUCUGGACUGAAGAACCAUGCACUUGCAGUACUGGAUCUAGAAGCUCGAAUGCAAGCAGAGGCUAUCAACUGCAGAAUAUACCGUUGGCAACAAAGGACAUGCAGAGAAAAUGCAAUGUAUGCUGAUCAUGAAACACAAAGGCAUUACUGGAAUCAACUGGAUGGAAGAAUCCCAAUUCGAAUUUUCCUCCUGGGGAGAUUAAACUCUGUAAGGGAGAAAGAGAUUGACCUUAAUAUGGGAAGACAGACAACCGCAACCACCACCUUAUCUCUACUCUUUCUUUCACUUCUCGUAUGCUUGUGCAGUUCCACGGACACCAUUACCUUCAACCAACCUCUCAAAGAUGGGGAUGUGUUAAUCUCUAACGGGACAUCUUUUUUUCUCGGCUUCUUCACCCCCGGGAACUCCGUCGGAAAACGAUACGUCGGAAUCUGGUACCAACACAUCCCCAACCAGAGAGUGGUUUGGGUUGCUAACAGAGACAACCCCGUCAACGGUACAUCCGGGGUCCUCUUUAUCGACCGCGCCGGAAACCUUGUCAUCCAAGACAAGAAGACCAAUGUUUCCGUCUGGAACACCAGUCUUUCUUCUCCGGCCACGGGGACAAGAACUUAUUCCGCUCAGCUACAGGAUACCGGGAACCUGGUUUUGUACCAUGAUAGAAGGGCUAUUACAUGGCAGAGCUUCGAUUAUCCCACGAAUACAAGACUGCCAUUAAUGAAACUCGGGGUGGACAAGAAAACCGGUUUGAACCGGUUUCUCACGUCGUGGAAGUCGUUAGAUGAUCCCGGGACGGGGCAGUACGGUUUCGGGCUGGAACUGAAGGCCGUGCCGGAGGUGUUUCUGUACCAGUACAAAACCGGGGCCCCGGUGUGGCGAGCCGGGUCAUGGAACGGAGUUGGAUUAAGCGGCGUGGCGAAACAGUCCAACAGCUACGUCGCAAACAUCCACUACAUCGAAAACUCCGACGAGGUAACGAUGAUGCACACGCUCCGGGACCCGUCGAUGUUUCUAAUGUUGGUGGUGAACGAAUCCGGGAUGCUGGAUUUGGUUACAUGGCAAGAAGCCGACAAGAAAUGGGUGACGUUUACUUCCGCUCCCAAAGACGUGUGCGACCAUUACGCUCACUGCGGGGCUUUCAGCAACUGCAACCCUUACAAUUCUGGGUUUUUUGAGUGCACUUGCCUUCCCGGAUUUCAGCCGCGGUCUAGCGAGGAAUGGAGAGUCGGCAACGGCACCGACGGCUGCCGGAGGAACAACACGGACGUGUGCCGUAACGGCGAGGGGUUCAUGAAGCUGACGAACCGGAAGAUCCCGGACACCGAUAUAUCGAGCGUGAACAGGGCGAUUGGGCUUGCAGAAUGUGAAGAGAUUUGUUUGAAGAACUGUUCUUGCACUGGAUAUGCCAGCGCGAAUAUCAGCGAUGGAGGAACGGGGUGCAUAACUUGGCAUGGUGACUUGAUAGAUAUGAGGGAGUUCGCGAGUGGUGGCCAAGAUAUGUAUAUCCGGGUCUCUGCGUCUGAUUUAGAGGUUCUUAACAAAUCAAAAGGGCUUCAUGGGAAAACCCUCAUAGUCAUCCUUGUGCCUGUUGCUGCUGCAGUCCUAGUGGUUCUUCUUCUCUGCUGUUUGCUUGUGAAAAUGAGAAAAGGGAAGAAGCAGCAACAACAACAACGCAACAACAGUUCUAGAAACAACCAGUACUCAAACCACUAUGAAGGGUCUGAAAUGGGGAAACAUGUGGACGAAACUGGGUCAUCAGAUCUCUCAAUCUUUGAUCUAAAAACCAUUGAAUCUGCCACUGAUAACUUCUCGGCAGAAAAUAAACUUGGUCAAGGCGGAUUUGGUUCGGUUUACAAGGGCACGUUGCAAGAUGGACAACUAGUGGCUGUCAAAAGGCUGUCAAGAACAUCAGGGCAAGGCAUAGAAGAAUUCAAGAAUGAAGUUACACUAAUUGCAAGACUCCAACACAGAAAUCUUGUGAGACUUUUAGGGUAUUGCAUUCAAGAAGGGGAGAAGAUGUUGGUGUAUGAAUACUUGCCUAACAGAGCCUUGGACAGUUUCAUCUUUGAUAAUACAAAUGCGGUAUUGUUAGAUUGGAAGAAGCGCUUUGAAAUUAUCUUAGGAGUUGCUCGAGGAUUGUUAUAUCUUCAUCAAGAUUCUAGAUUAAAAAUUAUUCACAGAGAUUUAAAGGCUGGCAAUAUUCUGUUAGAUGCUUCCAUGCACCCGAAGAUAUCUGACUUUGGAAUGGCUAGAAUUUUUGGAGGGGACCAAAUUGAAGCAAGCACAAAUAGAGUGGUUGGGACAUAUGGGUAUAUGUCACCGGAAUAUGCAAUGGAAGGCCAUUUUUCAGAAAAGUCUGAUGUCUAUAGUUUUGGUGUUUUAUUGCUGGAGAUUGUGACGGGAAAGAAGAACAAAAAUCCAAAUAACGAAAAAUCUAUGAAUUUAAUAACAAAUGUAUGGGAUUUCUGGAACGAAAAUAGGGCAUUUGAUAUAGUUGAUCCAUCAUUAGGAGAGUGGUAUGAUGAUCGACAAGUUUUGAGAUGCAUCCAUGUUGGGUUGUUAUGCGUUCAAUCAUAUUCAGACGAUAGACCAAUCAUGUCAGAAGUGAUUUUCAUGCUAAGUAAUGAAACCGAACUUCCUCAACCUAAUCAACCGGGUUUUAUAUUCAAACAUGGAAGUGGUUUUCUACCCUCAACUUCAACGAGUACUCUCGAAAACCAAUCUAUUAAUGACAUGUCGAUUACCAAGAUUGAAGGUCGCUAACAUAUAUUACCUACUGAUUAGGUAUGAAAUUAUUGUAUGGCUCUUUUCAAACUUUUUCCGUUGUUGACUUCUUGUUAUUGUCUCAUUGUAUAAUAUGUUUAUUUAUUAGGAGAUGAAAAUAAACUUUUUGUCACA